GUAAUUUUACGUCAUACAUUAGGGCCCUCGUUGACGACAAGCGGAUUUGAAUAAUUUAAUUUUAUCAAUUCAAGGUCAGAACACCACAUUUGUAUUUUAAUCAGUCGACUUGGUCCCAACCCUCCUAACUCACUGUAGAUAGUGCACGUAUUUUAUCAAAAAAUAAUAGCAAUGGCGUCAGCGAUGCUAAAACUUCUCAAAUCAGAAUCUCAUUUACUCACACGUCGGAACUACAGUAGCUCAGCGCCCACAACAAAACUGUUUAUUGAUGGACAGUUCGUAGACUCGAAAACAAAUAACUGGAUUGAGCUCACUAACCCCGCAACAAAUGAAAUAAUUGGCAGAGUACCAGAAACAACCCAAGAAGAAUUAAACACAGCUCUUGAAUCUGCAAAAACAGCUUACAAAUCAUGGAGUCAGAGUACUAUUAUGACUCGCCAACAGCUUAUGUUCAAAUUUGCACGAUUAUUGCGAGAGAACCAAAGCAAAUUGGCAGCAAAAAUAACAGAAGAACAAGGCAAAACUAUUGCCGAUGCAGAAGGAGAUGUACUCCGAGGCAUUCAACUGGUUGAACAUUGUUGUAGUAUUACUAGCUUGCAACUAGGAGACUGUAUCCAAAACAUUGCGAGGGAUAUGGACACACAUAGUUACAAAGUCCCUCUUGGAGUCGUAGCAGGUGUGGCAGCUUUCAACUUCCCAGUUAUGAUUCCAUUAUGGAUGUUCCCACCAGCGAUUGUGACAGGCAACACUUGCCUAAUUAAGCCUUCAGAACAGGACCCUGGUGCAACACUUAUGAUGAUGGAACUGUUGCAGGAGGCUGGUGCUCCUGCCGGUGUUGUUAAUGUUGUACAUGGUACACAUGAUACUGUAAACUUCUUCUGCGAUAAUCCUGACAUCAAGGCAGUGUCGUUUGUCGGUGGUGAUGCAGCAGGAAAACAUAUCUAUUCAAGGGCUUCAGCUGCAGGCAAGAGAGUGCAAAGCAACAUGGGUGCGAAGAAUCAUGGAGUGAUAAUGCCUGAUGCGAACAAAGAACACACACUCAAUCAGCUGGCAGGUGCAGCUUUUGGAGCCGCUGGACAGCGCUGCAUGGCUCUCAGCACUGCUGUCUUUGUUGGUGAGGCGAAAGAAUGGAUUCCAGAUCUGGUGAACCGAGCACAGGCACUUAAAGUUAAUGCUGGUCAUGUUCCUGGGACUGAUGUGGGUCCAGUUAUUUCGGUUAAGGCGAAGGAGAGGAUUUUCAGGCUUGUUGAAUCAGGAAUUAAAGAUGGUGCCAAAAUCGUGCUUGAUGGAAGAGGGGUUAAAGUAUCAGGAUUUGAAAAAGGCAACUUUGUUGGACCAACCAUACUCACCGAUGUGAAACCAAACAUGGAAUGUUAUAAGGAAGAAAUCUUUGGGCCGGUCCUUGUUUGUCUCUUUGUUGACACCUUGGAUGAAGCUAUUCAAAUGAUAAACGCCAAUCCCUAUGGAAAUGGUACAGCCAUAUUUACUACGAAUGGUGCUGCUGCUAGAAAAUUCGCUUCAGAAAUAGAUGUUGGACAAGUAGGCGUAAACGUUCCCAUCCCUGUCCCACUCUCUAUGUUCUCCUUCACUGGUAGCCGAGGUAGUUUCUUAGGUACAAAUCAUUUCUGUGGCAAACAGGGUAUUGAUUUCUACACAGAAUUAAAGACAGUAGUAUCAUUCUGGCGUCAAAGUGACGUAUCUCAUACAAAAGCUGCAGUUUCCAUGCCGACUCAACAAUAAGAAUCUGCUAUUUUAAUCAUUGUACAGUGCCACUUAUAGAUAUAAGCAAUAUGUAUAGAGCAUUUAUUUUAUAUUAAGUUUUUUAUUUUACAAUUUUAUAUCUUCCAAUUUUGUGAUAGGUAGAAUCUGUUUUAUAGGUGUUUUUUAUUUUUUUGUUACACAAAUAAUAUAUAUAUUUUUAAAUUGA